UGCAAGUCAAUCAUAGGAAUUGGGCAACAGCCGCAAGAACGAAAAGGAUAGCAAUUUGCAUACUCUCAUUUUCCUAAUUUAAUAAUCAGCUGAAAACGAAAAAGGAGAGAGAUCCUAACUUCACUUUACAACUCCGAAAGUCCUCUCCCCAUCGUCGCUGCCCACAUGUAUCCCAGAUUGAUUCAACCGCGUGAGCCCAUUUUGGGACCGGAGAGCAUGCAGGCGCCAAACACAGGUGGGUAUGGUCAACGGGCUGUUGGCGAUCCCUGUUUGGUCCUCACAUCAGACCCCAAGCCCCGCCUCCGGUGGACUGCCGACCUCCAUGACCGCUUUGUCGAUGCCGUUACUCAGCUUGGUGGCCCCAGCAAAGCUACUCCAAAGGCCAUUUUGCGUACCAUGGGUGUGAAGGGAUUGACUCUGUUUCAUUUGAAGAGUCAUCUCCAGAAAUAUAGAUUAGGCAAACAAGUUCGUACCUUUUGGAUAGCCCUCGUGGCAGCAAUUCUCCUCAAAACUUGCAAGGGUCUGACCCUAAUGAGGGUUAUGAAGUCAAGGAAGCAUUGAGAGCACAAAUGGAAGUACAAAGCAAACUACACUUACAAGUUGAAGCCGAAAAACAUUUGCAGACUCGUCAGGACGCUGAAAAAAGGUACAUAGCAAUGUUGGAAAGAACCUGCAAAAUGCUUGCUGAUCAAAUUCUUGGAGCUACAGACACAAGCGACGACGCAGAUGGUUAUGAAGGAAAAGGAACAAAAGUGCCACCUAGUGCUCCCCUGAAUCCUCUCGGAUCAUAUCCAUCGCAAUCUGCUGAUGAGGUGGGAAUCAACGGCCCUGGGCAAGUGUCUACCAAGUUCCAUCCUCAACGGACCGACUGUUCCACCGAAAGCUGCCUUACUUCCCAAGAGAGCCCCGUAGGAAGGAAAGCAUUGCUAAAUAUGGAUUCAACAAAUGCCUCGCUCGUAUGGGGCGAGUCCAAUCUUUAUACUCCAGAUUUGCAUAUACAAGUUAAUUCCCAUGGAGUCUCCGGGCCUGGUGUAUAAAAUGUUCUGAUCAGUAGUCACCUAGUAUUGGCACGUCAGUUCGCUAUACUUGUUCUAUUGUUCUAUGAAUCUCUUCUGAUCGGAGUGGCAGAAACAUACAAGAAUUGCCUCAUCUCAAGCUGUAAAUUUAGAGCCGCUGAUGUUUCACCUCAAAUAUGGACCCUUUUCUCUGCAUUCA